GAGGGAGAGGGAAACAGGAAGCGGAGUGAAGUGAGGGAGCGGAGGAGCCAGUAAACAGUGCGGUUCUCCUCUUUGUACUACGAGCUCUGGCGGCCGGGAGCAUGUCCGCGGUUACAGGGGCGGGUGGCGGCGGUGCGCGGGGCUCAGCGGUGUGGUGGACCGCGCUGGCUCUGAUCGGAGGCUUUGUCCUGUCUGUCCGCGCGGCGGAGGAGAGCGACUCCGGGGACGCAGCGCGCCCGCUUUCCCCGCUACUCGCGGAGCCGAGCGGACCGGGCCUCCCCGCUAAAUUCCCGGAUGACCUGGAGGUGAGCGAGAGCUGCGUGGAGAUGCUGCGGCUGUUCGGGGAGCGGUACGUGGCCGCGGUGAACUGCCUGGUCUCCUCCGCCCGACCCGUCAGAGUCUGCCAGAACUGCUACCAGGCUUACAGCAGCUUCAACGACAUCUACACCAACAUCUCCUCCGGACAGUCUGGAAAUGUCAGUUGUCAGGACAGUCUGAUGCGGUCUGACAGGCUGAUGUUGCUCUUCAAUUUAUACAGCAGCUUAACAGACAUCUGGACAUCAGCUCUGUGCACCCAGUGUUUGACUCCAGAUCAGAAGAGCUUGACCAACAGUACCCUGGACUUCAUCUCUUACCUGAACAAGUCCCUGAGCUGCUUUGAGAAGUACCAGGAGAACCACACUGAGCUGUGCAUGGACUGCAAGGCCACAUACAAAGGACUUAAUGAGAUGUACAGUACCAUGUUGAAAAACAAGGGUUACUGCAUUGAUAUAGAAGAUGCUAUGAAUGUGACACGUCGUUUGUGGAGCAAGAAAUUUGGCUGCACGGUCCCACGUGAGGAGACUGUGCCAGUCAUCGCUGUGUCCAGCUUUAUGCUCUUCCUCCCAGUCAUCUUCUAUUUGAGCAACUUCCUGCACUCCGAACAAAAGAAACGCAAGCUCAUACACCCCAAAAGAGCCAAGUCCAACCACAGCCUGAUGAAUAUCCAGGACAAGUUCAGCUGAACAGAGGAAGAAGGAACAGGAUGAGGAGAGUGGUGUUUUUUCACAAUGUCUUUUCCUGCUGUGUAAAUAACCCAGCACUUUCUGGAUGUGGGAUUGAUGUACAGCUCUCUUUAAUGGGCUUGGACUUAAAACAUUCUGCAUACCUGAUCACUGACUUGAAGAUAACUGCUUAGCAAUAGACAAAUGUGUAUUGUGUUUUUUUUUUUUUUUUAAACUUUUUCUGAUGCUUUUCUAUGAACUUUUCUUUAAUAAAUUAAAAAUAUUUAUAAGAGGACAGAUUAAUAUAAUUAUAUCAGCAUAGAGUUUUGAGCAGUGAGCCUGGUUGGUUAUUCUGUUGUCUCACUGCAACCCAGAAAACAUCUUUAUGCCUCUUAACAGCUUUCAUUAUUUAUUUUUUUUCCGGAUAUGGUGGGGUACUCGUACAUAUAACACAGCAACGGUACUUGAUGUCCAUUAGUGAAGGACCCAUUAAUAAAUAUGUGGUACAAGGUCAAAGGUGCAUGCAUGGAGUGAGGAGGAAAGAGCAAUGUCUGAAAUGAAAGGAGAAUGCACUUUACAAGAAGCUAAAGAACUGUACAGGUCAUGUGCAGCUUUGGCCAAGGCUUUUUCCCCUCUUUUUUUGUAUGUGAAAGAUCCAUUUCUACUCUCUCUGCGGCUAAUGCAUUAUGAAGUAACAGUGCAGUCAUGGUGUAGCAGCCUGACUGGUUAUAUAGCAGUAAUAGAGGAAAAGUGUUGAAUAUAUAAAGGAAAGAGAUACAUUUUACUGAGUUGAAUUUGUAAUUUUAGUGUAAUGUCUGGGGUCCAUAGAUUUUAUAUUCAAAAGCCAUUUACAUUGAAUAAGGGUACUCUAAGUGUAAAAAUUCAUUUUACCAAAGAUGAUUUGAACAAAUUCAUUCAGUAUCAUUUCCUCCAAACCCUGGACUAAUUGGAAAUGCAUGUUAUAAUUGCUCUAAGAUUUGUUUUUUGGUGCAGUUGAAAAGCCAGUCUUGUUAACAGGAGACUGUUGUUUUCAGGUUGUUUGGCCUUUCCUUGGACCAGUUUCCGCCACUUCAUUAGCAACUAAUCUAAAUGUAGGAUAAAGUUACUUGCCAGAAAAAUCUCAACAACACAUCCGUUUAAGCUGCCUUGGCUUUUUGGUCUUAUGGAGCAGAGCCACUGCCUAUCACACUGGCUGUUAAGCGCAUUGUGCCUGAUUUGUUGAAUCAUAUGAUUGCGUAGUGCCCGUGAGGGGAGCUAAAGGUGGAAAAUAACCUUUUCAUACGAGUUAAGCUCGCAGCAUAGUGAGAAUGACAGCUUUCAUUCCUAUAAGCCGUGUGCCUUUCUUUGCUCUGUAAGCAAUCCGGACUGGGGGCCGAAAGUCAUUACUCCUGACUCGAGCCGUGCAUGUAAUGAGGAGGCCAGUCACACGUCCAUGUGACUGAGGAACGAGUGUAAAAGCUGAAAUACCUAGGAAAACCAUGAGCAAAGUCCAGCUUUGCCUGACAAGACCCUUAGAGGGGAUGAGGGAAACGGGAGGGAAUAUGAGAUUAUCCUUCAUCACGCUCUGCCCUGGUUUGAAUCAGAGCAGUGACUUUGGACCUUAAGUAAUCAGCGCAUUAUGAAAGGCUCUGAGCUUUUAACUCAGCUGGUACUAAGACUUGAAGUCUGUAAUUGAAGCUUCUUGUUCAUGCGCAGAUCCUAAUGUGAAUUGUCAUAAGUAACUUCCAGAAAGGUUACAGAAAAAGAAAAGUCCAUUCUUCCUGAAUUUAAGGUGUGGAAUAUGUGGUUGUCAUUGUUACAUUUUUAGCUUUAAAUUUAACACAUUUUCUGUUUUUGACAGACUGGAGACAGGCCUCCCCAGUACCUGUAUCCAGCAGCACAUUUGUAAUGUUUUCUUAAAUUAAUAAAAUAAUAGUCAUAAUACCUAAUCAUUGUCCAAUUGUCAAGCAGUCACAGAUCUUUAAUGCUUCUCUGGCCUGCAAUAGUUCUUAUAAAAAGAUUUUGUUAAUUUGUAAGUUUUUAUUUACUAGGCUUUUGCCUUAUUUGGAUGAUUUUUAAAAAUUAAAUGAUUGGACUUUUACUAAAACACAUUGUUCUCUGCUUAUGUGUUUAAGGUAUCUUUUCUGUUGCUAAUUAUAAUGUUUGCACAUUUUUGUUUAAUUGUAUUUUUUUUAAAUUAAAUUAAACAGUUAAUUUGUUAUUUUUGGUCCAGUGUCACCUAUUAGUCACCACAACAUUUUUAGUUUUAAACAGCUGGCAAAAAUGAAUGUGGUUUAUUAUGUACCCCAACGUGAGUCUUAUCAGCCAAGACCUGUUGGUAUCUGAAUUUUGCUGCUUGAGUUUAUAACAAUUGACCUUAGUCAAUUGUUAUAAACUCAAACAUUAAGUAUGACCAAUUUUAAAUAGUUAUGCUAAACCUUAAAUAGUUACUAAAACUCUCAUUGAUUUUUUUUAUGUUCUAAUUGACCAUAAUGGGUUAUCUUGGUAUUUGUUCUAAACCAAAAAGGCAAAAUUCUGCAGAUUGACUGCAUCUGGGAUAAGUGAUACAUCUUCAAUAUUUUUUGCCCAGUGCUCAAGUUUUCAUUUUGCUCAGCUGUACAGUAUUUUGUGUCUGUAAUUUAUAGUAAAAAAAACCCACAGAUUUUGUAAAUUCACACCAUGCACAAAUCACAAUCAAUACUUUGUAUUUAAUGAUUAUUAAAUUUCUACAAACCAUCUUAAAAUUA